AUGACUGGACACAUGAGGAAGAUGCUGGUGUUGUCUGCUCAGCUGUGCCUUUCAAAAAAAACCAAAAAAACCCCCCAACAACCCUCUUUUCCCCCAUCAGAGACCCGCCUAGUGAAUGGCUCAAGUCGCUGCUCUGGGCGGAUUGAGGUGUUUCGCAACCAGCAGUGGGGGACUGUGUGUGAUGCUGGCUGGGAUUUACAGGACGCCCAUGUUGUGUGCAGAGAACUGAGCUGUGGAAGUGCCUCCAAAGCAUUUGGUGGAGCCUUAUUUGGCCAAGGAUCGGGUCCCAUCUGGCUGGAGGGAGUCAACUGUACGGGAGAAGAAGCGUCCCUGUCCAUAUGCCCAAGAAAGUCAUUGGCAGAGCACAGAUGUGAUCACAGCCAGGAUGCAAGUGUGGGGUGUUCAGAUCUCCAAACCAUCAGAUUGGUGAAUGGAACAAGUCCCUGCUCCGGAAGAGUCGAGGUGCUCCACAACCAGCAGUGGUUGACCGUGUGUGAUGAGGGAUGGGAUCUGAACAGUGCCAAUGUUGUCUGUCGAGAAAUUGGCUGUAGCCCUCCCUUGUCAGUCCCAAGAGGAGCUCAUUUUGGAAGAGGACAUGGUCCUGCCUGGUUGACUGGUGUCCAUUGUCAGGGAACAGAAGCUACGUUCAAGGAGUGCACCCCAAACAACUGGCAAACGAAAGACUGCAGCCAUGGAGAAGGUGCUGCCGUUGUGUGCUCAGGGAUCAGAUUAGUGAAUGGUACAAACCGCUGCUCUGGGAGAGUGGAGGUGCUCCACAACCAGCAAUGGCUGACGGUGUGUGAUGAUGGCUGGGAUCUAAACAGCGCCCAGGCUGUGUGCAGGGAACAUGUCUGUGGGGAAGCCUUGUUUCUCCCAAGAGGAGCUCCCUUUGGAAGAGGAUGUGGUGCCACCUGCUUGGCUGGAGCCAAGUGUCGGGGGAUGGAAUACAAAUUUAAGGACUGUGACCUACACUGGGAAACACAUAAUUGUAGUCAUGGAGAAGAUGCCAGUGUUGUGUGCUCAGAUAUCAGAUUGGUGAAUGGUACAAGCCCUUGCUCUGGAAGAGUUGAGGUGUUCAACGCCGGGCAGUGGGGGACUGUGUGUGAUGAUGGUUGGAAUCUGAGCAGCGCCCAAGUCGUGUGCAGGCAACUUGGAUGUGGGGAAGCCUUGUCGAUCAAAGAAGCAGCUCACUUUGGGAGAGGCAAUGGCCCCAUCUUGCUGGAUGAGGUCAGAUGCAAGGGGACAGAAGCUACACUCCGCCACUGCCACCUACAGCCUUGGGGAGAACAUAACUGUGUGCAUGAAGAAGAUGCUGGUGUUGUAUGCUCAGAGAUCAGAUUGGUGAAUGGUAUAAGCAGCUGCUCUGGAAGAGUUGAGGUGCUCCACAACUGGCAGUGGCUGGCUGUGUGUGAUGACAGAUGGAAUCUGACCAGUGCCCAAGUUGUAUGUAGAGAGCUUGGAUGUGGUGAAGCCUUGCUGGCUGCAGGAGGAGCUCACUUUGGAACAGGAAAUGGACCCACCUGGUUGUCUGGUGUCAGUUGUCAGGGGACAGAAGCUGCCUUCAAGGACUGUGACUUACAGUGGAGAACACAUGAUUGCAGCCAUGGAGAAGUUGCCAGUGUUGUGUGCUCAGAGCUCCGCCUAGUGAAUGGCCCAAGUCGCUGCUCUGGGAGGAUUGAGGUGCUGCACAACCGCCAGUGGGGGACUGUGUGUGAUGCUGGUUGGGAUUUGCAUGAUGCUCACGUUGUGUGCAGGGAACUGGGCUGUGGAAAUGCCUCCAAAGCAUUUGGUGGAGGCUUGUUUGGACAAGGAUCUGGCCCCAUCUGGCUGGAGGGACUCAACUGUACAGGAGAAGAAGCUUUCCUGAGUGAGUGUUCCCAAAGUCCCUGGGGAGAGCACAGCUGCAACCACAGCCAGGAUGCCAGUGUGGAGUGCUCAGGGGACGCAUCUGUCGAGGACAACAUUCGCCUGGGAGUGUCUGCCUUGGUCUUGGUUGUCUUGGUGCUGAUUGUGGCAGAGGCUGUGUACAGCUGGAGGAGAGGGCAGCUUUAA